AUGAACACGCAAGGGGGCAGAUAUAGUUUACCAGUUCUCUUUCUUUCUUUCUUUCUUUCUUUCUUUCUUUCUUUCUUUCUUUCUUUCUUUCUUUUUACCACAAUGACAAUAAUAUCUAUCUAUCUAUCUAUCUAUCUAUCUAUCUAUCUAUCUAUCUAUCUAUCUAGUUUUAUACGAAUGACAUUUGCUUAUUCAACCAUUGAGAUAUUUUUCUUUCUUUUUUUCUUUUUAUCCGAGUUUUUCUUUCUUUCUUUUUUCUAUCUAUUCCUGUUUUCGCCUUCUUUCUUUCUUUCUUUUUUUUCUUUCUUUCUUUCUUUCUUUCUUUCUUUCUUUCUUCCUUCCUUCCUUCCUUUCUUUCUUUCUUUCUUUCUUUGUCAGCUUUCCACCUUUCUUCUCUUUCUAUCACAGUCUCUUCUUAUCUAUUAUAAUCUGUUAAUAUUUUUCUUUCACUCACUCACUCACUCACUCACUCACUCACUCACUCACUCACUCACUAUCUAUCUAUCUAUCUAUCUAUCUCAUUCUGUUCAUAUCUAUCUAUCUAUCUAUUCUAUCUAUCUAUCUAUCUAUCUAUCUAUCUCAUUCUGUUCAUAUCUAUCUAUCUAUCUAUCUAUCUAUCUAUCUAUCUAUCUAUCUAUCUAUCUAUCUAUCUAUCUAAGGCAAUAUUUUAAUCUAUCUAUCUAUCUAUCUAUCUAUCUAUCUAUCUAUCUAUCUAUCUCAGUUUGUUAUCUAUCUAUCUAUCUAUCUAUCUAUCUAUCUAUCUAUCUAUCUAUCUAUCUAUCUAUGUAUUUCAAACUUCAAACUGUUCAUUAUCUAUCUAUCUAUCUAUAUCUAUCUAUCUAUCUAUCUGAGUUUGUUAAUGUCAUCUAUUAUCUAUCUAUCUAUCUAUCUAUCUAUCUAUCUAUCUAUCUAUCUAUCUAUCUUAUCUAA